AUGCAAAAAGCACUUUUAGAUCUGACGACGGAAUGUUUGUUUACUGUGGAUGAAAUUCAGAAUGCAUGUGAAGAAGUUUAUGGUUCUAAACAUGUAAAAGAUAUAAAAUCGGUAGGAAUACUUCCUCCUUAUGAACCAUCUAGUGCUGAUACGGAUGAAGAUUUGGAUUUAUCAGACGCUGAAGUAAAAGGACUACCAGUUCAUCUACCAGGUCGUAUACUGAGAAGCACAACUGCAGUUGAAUUUAAAGCACCUGAUGAGUUGUUAGAAUUCGAUUCUAUAUUAGAAGAAAUUGAAAAAUCGCAAACUUCAACAAACAGGACCGCUAAUAGAGCAAAGAAGGCCCUAGAGAAUACUAUUAGAAACCUCACAUGCCAGAUCCUGCUAGCAGGUGAUUUCAAUGCCACAUACCCUGAAUGGGGCGCUGAAACCCCAGAUACAGAAGGAGGCUGA